AUGCAACUCUGGCUUGUUGUCACCGGCCUAGCAGCCCUUCUCGCCGCUGCAAUCCACAGGUACCUCAUACAGCCGUUACUACGAUCACCAUUGAAGACGAUACCACUCGCCCAUCCUCUUUGUGGCGUCACCCACCUCUACUUCCAAUAUCUGGCCAAGCAAGGACGCGAGCUUAAUGCUCUCCACGCCGCACACAAACGUUAUGGCCCAAUAGUCGGAACAGCACCCAACGAAGUCAGCGUCAUCUCACUAGAAGGCUUGCGUCAAAUCUACACAAGCUGCACCAAGACCGACUUUUACCAUGUAUUUGCCAACUUCAACACCCCGAACAUGGUCUCCAUGCUCGACCACAAGUCUCAUUCAGCCCAGAAAAAGAUCUUAUCCGGAAUCUACUCGAAGUCUUACCUCCAGCAUUCGGAGGAUGUGGCGAGGAUCUCGAAGAUUGUAAUUUGCGCUAGACUACUGCCGCUUUUGGAACAUCUUGUGGGACAGGGCAGAUCGGCUAAUGUGUAUCGCCUGAUGCAGUUUGUGGGGAUUGAUUUUCAGACUGCGUUCCAAUUUGGGGUGGAGAGGUCUACGAGACUGGUUGAGUAUCAUGGGCAUGAGGGGGUACAUUACAGCACGAAAGAUGUAUCAGUGCCUUACGACACGAAUGAUCCUCGUGAUCAUGACCUCCUCCCGGAAGACGAAAUCCUCGAAAUGUGCAAAGCCACCCUCUCAUCACAGCACAAGGACGAGUCCAAUACAACGGACCCCAUCGUCUUUGAAAAACUCUACUCCUCUCUUAAAGACCAGGACAGCCUUGGCAAAGACUCCUCAAACGACCACGACGAAAAUACCAUCCUCCGCACCGCCUCCGAGCUGCGUGAUCACAUAAUCGCCGCUCAAGAAACCACAGCAAUAACUCUAACCUAUACCCUCUACCACCUCUCGCAACGCCCAGACCUUCAGAGCGCCCUCCGCCACGAACUCUCGACUCUUGCACCGGGAGUUCAUCCUUCCCCCCCAGACCUGGACUCCCCCCCCCCCUCCUCCACGCUGUCUUGA